GCAGUGGCACCUGCGCCUGCCUGCCUUCCUGCGCCAUUUCCCAAUUUUCUUCUCUUCUUUUCAUAUAUUUGCUGACACUCUCCACAAUUAUAAUCAAUCACGACGACCUUCACUUUUUCAUCUCUCGUAACUCUCACUAAAGCCACCAUGGAUUCCGACGCCGCCGCGUCGUCCCUCUCCCCCGCCGGAGCCUUCGGAACCAUUGCAGAACUCCUCGAGGACCUCCUCACCGCCUCCGCUUCCAUCUCCUGCUUUGCCUCCAGGUGGCAGACCAUUCGCGCCAGACUCGCCUCGCUCAGCUCCCUUCUCUCGGAAAUCGCGGAUUCGCCGCACUGGUCGGAGAAUCCUCUCCUUUUGCCGAUUCUUCCGGAGUUGCUUUCUACUCUCCGCCGUACGGAGACUCUGUGUUGCCUCUGCUGCGACGCCUCGUCCGUCGUCGUCCGAGGCAAGCUUUUGAUGCAGUCCGACCUUGACAUGGCUGCCGGCUGGCUUUCUAAGCAGAUUAAUGAGCUCGAGAUCCUCCUGCGCUCAGGCGUUCUUCACCAGUCUACCGCCAUUGUUCUUUCUCGCCCCGAAGGGAGUUCCUCGAAGGAUGAGGUUGAAUUUUUCGUGAGAGACCUCUUCACAAGGCUUCGGAUCGGAGGGAUGGAGUUUAAGCGAAAGGCGUUGGUUUCGUUGGUCGAGCUUCUGUCGGAGGAUGAUAGUUUCGCCGCCGCGGUGGUCGCGACGGAAGGAAGUUUAAACUGUUUGAUUUCUCUUCUCGAUCUGAGUUCUCACCAGUCCAUUAGAGAGUCAGCCGUCCUCGCGGUGUCUCUGCUCGUAUCCGCCGGAGAUACACCGCGAAAGUGCGUGUUCGAGGAAGGAGCAUUAGGACCUCUGCUGAGAAUGAUGGAGUGUGGUUCAAUGUAUAUGAAGGAAAAAGCCGCCAUGGCUGUGGAAUUUAUCACCACCGAUACUGAUAAUGCUUGGGCGAUUUCUGCUUACGGAGGAGUCUCCAUUCUAAUCCAACUCUGCAAAACCGGUUCCUUCACAGCUCAAUCCCACGCUGCUGGCGCGAUAAGAAAUAUUUCCAUGGUUGAAGGCAUUCCAAUUGCUUUAGCCGAAGAAGGAGCGAUUCCAGUUUUAAUGCAGUUGCUGAUGUCUGGUAGUUCACCAGCACAGAGUAAAUCAGCAAAUUGUAUAGCGAUUCUAGCUUCCACGAGUGAACAUCUUCGCAGCUUGUUGGUACAGCACAAUGGAUUGCAAAAGCUGUUGCAUAUUUUCCACGAAUGCUCGGGUGUGGAUACCUUGGAACACGUGUUGCGCGCGAUUUAUUCGAUAUCUGUUUCGGACGCCAGCUACAGGAUCUUAUCAGGAUCAACUAUGUUUAUACUACGACUUGCUGAGCUUGUGCAGCACGGGAAUGUUACGUUACAACACAUAUCUGCUUCAUUGUUGGCUAAUUUGGCCAUCAGUGAUGGCAACAAGAGAGCUGUGGUUGGGUGUAUGGGAUCUCUGGUGAAGCUAAUGGAAACAUCAAAACCUGACGGAAUGCAGGAGGUCGGGACAAAGGCAUUGCUCUCUUUGCUGUCUGUGAAAUCCAAUAGGAAAGAGUUUGUUGGGGAUGAAAAGAGCUUGAUGAGACUGAUACACAUGCUGGAUCCUAAAAGUGAGGUUGUUGCAAAGAAGUACCCGGUGGCUGUCGUGGCUGCAAUCAUGGCUGGAGGUAGCCAUGGCUGUCGAAAGAAGCUUGUAUCAGCAGGUGCUUAUAACCAUGUACAGAGUUUGGUAGAAAUGGAUGUGGCAGGAGCUAGAAAGGCUCUGCAGAGACUCUCUGCAAAUCGGCUAACGAAUAUAUUGACCAGGAAGUGGAGAGACUGACUAUUGAAGAAGGACAAUCUUGUUUUACCUAACAAUGGCAAGGAGGAACCUCUUCUUUUCCUGCAGUCAUGAAGAGAAGAGGGUUGGAGCAGGGCAAGCAAGAACGCUCCGACGAUGGAGAACCAGUC